UUCAUCCUCUGUCUAUUUGCGUGAAGUUGAACCACAAGUGAAUUUCCUCAUUAGGAGGGUUUAGCUGUGAAUACAGGGCGGGAUGGUUAGUGAAGCUUAGGCUACUGCAUUUCGAUUUGAACAAGACAUCAACAUAUUCCUGUGUGAAUUUAAUCCAAGAGGAGAUGAAUUUACGAAUGGGUGCGAAGAUGAGAAAACGAGAUCUGGAGAUGCUUGCUGUACUUCUGACAGGUGUUUUAUGCCUGGUCAUAAUCAUGAACAAUAACGAACUUGAAGAUGCGACAGAUGAUGUGAAAACGUUCAGCAGAGAUACAUAUGAAAUUCUCCAUCAACACAUUAAUUUGCCCAAAUCAACAGAUCUCCAGCCUUUGUCCCCAAGAUGUGUGCGGAGUGAGUCUGCUUCUAAUGUGGAUGGAUUUUCUACAUUGCCAUAUAAUAUCCAAGACUUCUUGCUUUACCGCCACUGUAGGGAGUUUCCCAUGCUUCUAGAUGUCCCUAAAAAGUGUGGAGGGCCCCAGAACUCUGCGGAUGUCUUCCUUCUACUUGUCAUCAAGAGCUCUCCAGAGAAUUAUGAACGACGAGAGGUUCUGCGGAAAACUUGGGCUAAGGAACAACAGCACAAUGGUGUGUGGAUCCGUCGAAUCUUCCUUAUUGGAACCACUGGAACUGGCUUUGAAAAGAUCAGGUUUAAUAAGCUUGUGAAGAUUGAGAACCGUGAGAACCAAGACAUUUUACAGUGGGACUUCAAUGAUUCAUUCUUUAACCUCACACUAAAGCAGAUCCUGUUCUUACAGUGGAUGGAUAAAUGGUGCCCACAAGCCAGGUUUCUUUUAAAUGGUGAUGAUGACAUUUUUGCCAACACGUUUAACAUCAUUGAGUACCUUCAAGGUCAAGAGGGCAAUGAUGGAAGCAAACAUCUGUUUAUAGGGCACCUUAUCCAGAACGUUGGACCUAUAAGGCACCCUGCAAGUAAAUACUAUGUCCCAGUUCAGGUACAGGAGUCUGAUAGAUACCCUCCGUACUGUGGUGGUGGAGGCUUUCUUCUGUCUGGUUUUACAGCCAGAACUAUCUACAAUAUGUCUCACUCGAUUACUUUGCUUCCCAUUGAUGAUGUUUACAUGGGAAUGUGUUUGGAAAAGGCUGGCCUUAUACCUGAGUCCCACUUUGGUGUACGGACUGCUGGCCUAUAUAUCCCCUCUGAGAAUGUUGACGAAUAUCACCCUUGUUAUUACAGAGAAAUUAUUUUAGUCCAUAGGUUUCUGCCACACCAGAUUUUUGUGAUGUGGUAUGAAAUACAAGAUCCACAUUUAAAAUGCGGAUUAGAGUUUAACAUGUCUUAAAAUUUGUUUUUAAAUAACCAGGGGUUGCCAGAAAUGCUUCUCAAGAUACAGGGAUACAAAUGUCUAUAUCUGGCCUUUUGUAAAUUUAACUGCGCAAAAUGUGCAGCAUAUAAGAUUGAUCUAAGUGACAGCUUUGGAGCAAAGAGCAGAGACAGAUAGAGUUAGGUGUUUGUGACAAAAACCAUGAACUAUUUUAAGAGUGCUACCCACAAAGUGCAGCCAGUGGCGAAUUCUCAGGUCCAGCAAAGCCUUUUCUGCUGGCCUCACAUGACAGAUAAAUAAAUAUUUUUCAUCCUUUCAUUCUGAAUCACCUUUUUGCCUAAUCACUUUCCACUCUUAAUUAAUCUACAAACAAAUAGAGAAAAAUGUCAAGUUUAUCCUGUUAGAAUUAAUUCCUUGGUGCUUACAAGCAAAGUGUGACAACUGUUUCACAAAUGGCAUGACCAAAGCAGUGCGUGAGUCUGAGCUCCACCCCCUCAGGCCGUCAGAAUUUCCACAGAUCUGUCAACAGUGCAAGUGAAUGAGCAACUAUAGUCAGAUUGUCAGAUCAUCAGCCAAUAAGAUUUAUUUAUUCUUGGUGGGUGUGAUCUUAAGGAUAUGUCCUGGUCAGAGCCAUAUAGAGAGAGAGUUGCGACAACGGAAGUUCUAAAUGCUUGAUCGUCACGUGAUUCACGUAGACUUCAGAUAGUUCCAGGAAGUGCUUUGGCGGGCAUUUCAAACUGUUAGAGUAGAGUGACAGAACUGCGAUUUCUGUUAAUUAGUAGUCAAUAAAUGUGUUUAUUUUAUAUAUUUAUGUAACACACCGACAUAUGUAUGUAGCAUGAGUAUGUUGUUACAGCGAUGUUGUUUUUUUAAAGAUCAAAUCAGCUAAUAUUUGAGGAUUAGUGUUCAGCUACCGUUAUUUGCCUCAACUUAUUUCAGGCUAGGGUUUCUGUUGCCUUUUUAUGUUACCUCAUGUUCAUUGUUUUCACUAAUCUCAUGGUAACUAAUGUCAUAUUUAUUACUUUUCAGAUAGUACAGAGACAGGCUGGUGACAGGUGAUUUCCAGCUUGCACCACACAAUGGGUCAACUAUUAACUAUUAGCAGCAGUUACGUAAAUGUAAAAUUUAGUGAAAUGAAGCUUAUUGUUGACAUAUAGUAAUAUAAUUAUUUAUGUAUUAUAAAUACUAUAUAUCUAAUGUAUAAUUCUUACAAUACUUAUUCAUAUACACAAUAUAUUCAGCUUUAAAACAACUUAAGCAUACUCGUAUAUAAACUGCCGUUCAAAAGUAAUGAGGCUGAAAAUUCAGCUUGGCAUCACAGGAGUAAAUUACAUUUUAAAAUACAAUACUUUAUCCAGCUCCAAUCCUUGCCUAAUCUGUUAGUUAUCCGAUAACAUAUCUCCUAAUUUAAUGAGUAAUACUCAACUAUAAGGUUUUAAUUUACAAGUUAUUUUUAUUUAGAUGUACUGAUAAUAUACAGAAUAAGAUAAUAUUAUUCUUUAAACGUUUCACCUUUUAAAAGUGCAUCGCAAACGGUUUGUUCUGCUGCAUGUGUUUGCUGCUACUUCUGGGAACUAUUGAGAGGCUCCACAAGCCGCCAUUGCUGUAAAAAAAAAACGUUCCAUUGGAGUCAAUGGAGUUGUCGCAACUCUCUCUCUAUAUGGCUCUGGUCCUGGUCAAGGCAUUCUAGCUGGCCUUGACUGACGCAAUCACGCUUUAAGUGACGUAAUUUGAAGGCGAACGUCAGAUCUGUCUGACAAGUUGACUCUCAUUAAUGCCGCUUUCGCCAUUGAGAAAAAGAUCCUUAUGGAUUUACAAACCUGAGAUGUCCUGCAUGACCAUGAGAUUGCUUAAUUUAAUAAACAGGAAAGGAGGACUGAUUUUCACUGUAAGUAAAUUGAUAAGUGCUUUUUGCAUAGUAAUAACAUCAGGAGUUUCUAAGUGUAAAUUAGGCUGAUUGAUUCAGUUUCGGAUCAAGUUAUGAAAAGUAGUGUUGCAUUCCAUUCAACCCGGAUAAUCGGAUUUUCCAAUUUACUGCUAGGAAAAGUGCAAUGGAAUGAAUCUUGAAGUCAGAAUUACAACUUUUAGGCCCGUGCAGAAAUUCACAAUUCUGAUUUCUCCGAGAUGCAGGUGCAUGAUGUCACACAAACAUGUCGACACUGAGGGAGAUAUACAAAGAAAGUGAUAACAUGUCACUUUAUUCUUUAAUAUUGAUAAAUUAGUUUGUUUCCACAUUACAUUGUAUUAAAGCUUGUUUAACAUACGCCUGCAGAAACAGGUGUAUAAAACUUUAUAAUCUCUUUUGAUAAUCGUACACCUAGCACAAAUGCUAGCGUUGCAGCAUUGUUUAUCAGUUGGGUUGCUAGGAGACAUCUCUAAUGAGAUUCAAACCCCUGAUAAGCUAACGGGAGCAUUGCAGUUUUGCAGUUUUGUUUCCUUAAUCGUCGUCUUCGAAAAUCGGAGAAUGGAAUGCAUUUAUGAUCGGAGAUAUCAAGUAGGAAUAUCCCUCAUAUAACUUGAAUGGAACGCAGCAUAACUGUGUACCCUGACGAAAUGAAAUGUAUUGCAAGCGACAUUUAAAUCACACAUUUUAUUAGAUAAAUAUAUAGAUUCAUAUGAAAAAUUAUGAUUUUGUAAUGUCUGUUCGGGAUAUGUUAUUACACAAACAGUCAUGCUGCAGUUAAAAUUAGGCUUGCUUGAGCAUUAUGUGUCAUUUCAUGUUCUGGUUUUUGUGUGUGUAUGUGUUUUUAAAAUGUAUUAUUAGUUAGCUUCGACAUAAUGCAUGAUGCCCAAAGGCAUAGGGUGUCUAAUUCAUUGUGAAACUGUGUUUUCUUAAUGACUUUUAAUGCACGCCCUAGUGAAAAAAAAAAAGUAUGCUUUAUUGUAUUUGAAAUAUAUUCUCUUUUUUCAAUUGUAUAUUGCAAAUAUACUAACAACUUUAA